CGUUGCUCCUGCACGUCCGCUCUCUUGCCCCAGACGAGAAGGACCCCUGUGGACCGUCGGAACCGUUUGAAAGCUAAGGACUCGCCCAUCAAACCGCAAACAUGACCAGGAAAUUCUUCGUCGGCGGAAACUGGAAGAUGAACGGCGACAAGAAAAGCCUUGGGGAACUCAUGCAGACCAUGAACGGUGCCAAGCUGGACCCCAAUGUCGAGGUUGUGUGCGGUGCUCCAUCCAUCUACCUGGACUUCGUCAGGUCCAAGCUGGAUGCUAAGAUUGGCGUGGCUGCUCAGAACUGCUACAAAGUUCCCAAGGGUGCCUUCACUGGGGAGAUCAGCCCUGCGAUGAUCAAGGACUGUGGUGUGAACUGGGUGAUCCUGGGACACUCUGAGAGGCGCCACGUCUUUGGCGAGAGCGAUGAGCUCAUUGGUCAGAAGACCGCCCACGCUCUUGAGAAUGGUCUUGGUGUGAUUGCCUGCAUUGGUGAGAAGCUCGAUGAGAGAGAGGCCGGAAUCACAGAGAAGGUUGUCUUUGCUCAGACCAAGGUCAUCGCAGACAAUGUAAAGGACUGGGGCAAGGUUGUGCUCGCCUAUGAGCCUGUGUGGGCUAUUGGCACCGGCAAGACCGCCUCCCCACAGCAGGCCCAGGAGGUUCAUGAAAAACUGAGGGCAUGGCUCAAGACCAACGUGUCUGAGGCUGUUGCCAACUCUGUUAGGAUCAUCUAUGGAGGUUCUGUGACCGGUGCCACAUGCAAGGAGCUUGCAUCCCAGAAGGAUGUGGAUGGCUUCCUGGUGGGCGGAGCUUCCCUCAAGCCAGAGUUUGUUGAAAUCAUCAACGCCAAGGCAUAAAACCCCUGAAGCUGCAGACAAGACUGUGUCCAGAUCAGAGGCCAGCUCCAUUCAGAUGAUCCACUUUCAUCAUCCCUUGAUUCACAGCACUUAGAACAGUCCUCUUCCCCUUUUUUAUUCAAGGUAUUUGUGUAAUGAUGUCAUUCCCUCCGUUUCCUUUUUUGGUAUUUUGUUAUGAUUAAAAAAAAAAGGGACAGGUUGACACAUGCACUGUACUGCACUGAAAAGAUUUAGAUCCACUGAGAUAGCGUGUGUGCAUACUAACUUCCACACCAGUGCGACAAAUACACCUCGAGGUGGACAUUGCCUUUACUUGAAAAGUUUACGGACUUUUGUGUAUACAGUGUCACAGCUGUUGUCAAUCAGAUUUACUUGUCUUUUAUAUAGCUGUCUCUUUGUGUAAUUAUGAUGUUUUGUGGCUUAUACCUCCCUGUAGACGUGCAUGAUCCGCUCUCUGUUGGCUCUUUUGCCAAGAGGGAAGUGUCCAUUACAUGUUAAUCAUAUUGUGUCAUGGCCGAUGGGUACAAGAAGGGAGGCUGUAAAGGAAACAUUAUAAUAAACAGUUUAGAGACUGG